UUCAAAACUAAUAUGUUUGGAAGUUCGCCCAGCUAGAUCAACUUAAUUUUCAGUUUUUCAUUACUUUCAUUUCCAAAGAGUAUUUUCAUUUAUAGACUCGACCAUGAGCUCAUUGAAAGGCAAAGUGGCCCUCAUAACGGGGUCAACGUCUGGCAUUGGAGCUGAAACAGCGAGGCACUUCGCCUCCUUAGGGUGCUAUGUCUCCCUGACCGGACGCAGAGAGAAGAAUCUUGAGCAAGUAUCUGAGGAAUGCCAACAGAAAGGACUACCUAAAGACAAGAUUCUACUUACUGUGGCAGACCUGUGGAAAGAGGAGGAUGUGAAGAGAAUUGCUGACCGAACCUUGGAGCGCUUUGGACAGAUAGAUGUACUGGUGAACAAUGCUGGCAAGGCAUACCCUGCUGGAAUAGAAAACUGUACCUUGGAGCAGUUUGACAAGACGUUUGACUUGAAUGUCCGUGCACCACUGCAGCUCACGCAUCUGUUGAGACCCCACCUCAUUAAAACAAAGGGUGCUAUUGUGAAUGUUUCCAGUGUGAACGGUGUGAUGCCUUUUCCUUGGAUAUUAACCUACUGCAUGUCUAAGAGUGCUAUAGACUCGCUGACAUUGAACAGCGCACAUGAUUUGGCCCCACACGGAGUUCGUGUCAAUUCUGUAAACCCUGGAGUAAUCUUGACUGAGAUACUCUUACCAGCUGGAGUGAAGACUAACAAACGAUAUGAAGCGUUUCUGGAGAAAUGCAAGCACACCCAUGCCAUGGGCCGAGUAGGCACCGUGGACGAGGUGGCCAAGGUGAUAGCAUUCCUAGCAUCCGACGACUCGUCGUUUGUCACCGGAGAACUCAUCACUGUCGAUGGUGGAAGCCAUCUCCUCACGACCGCGACUGAGUAACAGGGCCUGUGAGUGGACCCUCAAAAAAGAGAGCUGAGAAACACCACAUGAUGUAAGAAUGGUUGUGUAGCAUCAAGUGAGCGCGUGUCACGCACUUACACUAAGCUGUUUAAAUACGGGCACCCCCAUUAAUCCAGUAUCUCGGCUUAUACUCUCACAUAAUUGAAGUUUUCUUUAAAGACAGUGGACACUAUUGGUAAAUGUCAUACACCAGUCUUCUCACUUGGUGUAUCU